AUGCUAUAAGUAAGAGCAGAAUUAGAGCUAGAUACCAAGGAAAAUAAAUAUAUCAAGAAUCUUGAAGAUUUCUAUGUACAAAAGUAGUAGCGAAAGAAUUUCGUUAGAUAGAAAAAUGAGGUCUUAAAUGAGAUUGAAAGAACUGACUUAGACUUUAAGCUUAGAGAUCAGCUAAUCAAAACUAAAGAUCCUCUAUUCGAAAUUCAAAAGCCAAAUAAAAAUAUAUCUCUUCAACUGAAUCCAUACAAAGUUAAAAAAUAAGAACUACAGCUUUAGGAUGUAAACUAUAUCUUAGCAUGCAGUGAUGCGAUGAAUAUUUUCACUCUGAGAAAUGGCACUGAGCUCUAAAAUAUAAUCAAUGGAACUUCUAAACAGUUCGAGGAAAAUUUCAAAGUUACUUAUAUUUUAGCAGAAAAAUAGUAUGUCUGUGUAUUUGGAUUUAUAUAAAGAGAAAAAAGAGUUUUAAGAGUAUUCUACGUCAAUAAAUUAACUGAAACUUUUGAUCUUAGCUUAGAUUAUACUGAGACAGAUAUAUUGGUCAAGUAAGUGAAAUUCGCUAUCUUUCAUAAUGAAAAAGAACUUGGGAAUGUAUUAAUUUGUGUCGGCAAAAAAGGAUUACUCUAGAUAAUUUAAUUAGCAAACUAUUAAUGGAAUAAUUAAGUACUAGUUCAAAAUGAGAUAAACAUCUAAUCUAAAGUAAUUACAAAUCUAAUACCCCCAGAGGAUGGACUUGCCAUUAUUCAAUUGUGCUACAAUAGAAACAGUAAAGAUUAUUCAUUGAAGGAUUAAGAUUAUCUGAGAUCAGAAAAUAUUAAGGAUGUUUAUGAAAAUGGAAUAAUAGUCCAAAAGUUGAUUGUAUUCAAAGCAAUGGAAAUAGAUAAAAACAUUUUUAUGCUUUUGAUUCGAAAGAAUAGUAUAGACCUUAUCUACCUUUAUGCUCUCGAUAAGGAUUAAAUAAUUAUGAAAUUUAAAGACAAAAAUGAGCUAAGCAUUCUUGGUCUUGAAAAAUUGGCUGGUUUUGACUUUGUAAAAUUCCCAUAUAUAAUAAUGCUUUAAUCGAACUUGGUUAAAGUCUUUAGUCUUAGAAAAAAUAAUAAGGACAAUUACUAUGAGAUAAAAAUAAUACUUUAAGAGAAGAUAAUUUAAGAUAGGUUACAUUAAGUGAAGGAUUAAACUUUGAAUGCAAAUAUUAACUAAAAUUUAAAUUAUAAUAACAAUCGACUGAUCUCCUUUGUCAGAAAGGAUCGCUAGCAUAAGCCUGAGAUAUGGUUUAUAAGAUACGAUAAUAUUAAAGAAAAAGAACUUUAAAGUAAUGAAUACCCAAAAUAAAUAAUGAAAAUUAUCAUUGAUAAAAUCUAUAUUUGA